AUGACUCCCUACGUGGAAAAAGAGCUCUUUGUAGACAGAGGAUAUCCACCAAAGAUCAGUGUGACGAUAAUAAAUAAGCUGUACAUUCGAGUCACUUGGAAGCGAGAGGGUCCAUGGAGCAACGUAAGAGAUUUCACUGUCGAUUUCAGAGGCACUGGUGAAAGGCCUACUUCUCGACAUUGUACUGGCCUGAUAAUACCAUGCAGCAGCGACGUUUGUAGUUUUGACAGUAACGAACGCUGCCCAAGUUUUGGUGUAUGCCAUGACGUGGGAGUUGUGAUAAGAGGAAAUGGCUACAGUUCUCGUGAAUUUAAAGUACGAACAGAUGCCUACACGCCAGCCUCUGUCAGCGUAGAAUCGAAAGACGCUACGCUGAAUGUUACCUGGCGAGGCCCAUCAGCUAAGGACGAAGAUUGCUAUGCCGGGUCUGUCCUCACCAUAUCGACGCCAUGGACGGAAUACAGCGCCGCUUUCACCGAAAUCCUUAACCAGUAUCAGCACAGCCACAAUCUUACGGGCUGUGAUGUAGGGAAUGUAACGGCGUCCCUGAGGUCUUUCGAUCUGAUGGGGAACAGCGAGACGGUGACCAACAGCACAGAAUACUUAGGGGAAAGUGCUUUCCCUGUCAUCAGUGAUCUGAAAAUCGUAUCUGAACGCAGAAGUCUUUUUGUAGCUUGGGAUCUUAUUGAAAAUUGUACAGAGGUGACCUACUUACUGACAUGGACGCCUCCGGACGCCGGUGGAGAAAUAACAGUUUCAAGCACGUUUGCCAACAUCACAGGACUAUCGCCCUAUCAAGAAUAUUUGGUCACAGUUCAGCCUUUGGAAGGAAAACGCAACUUGGGAGCACCGAGAAGUGAAAAAGUAUCCACAGAAUAUGAAGAUUACCCAGAGGUCAACGUGACAGUAAUAAAUAAGCUGCACAUCCGAGUCACUUGGAAACGAGAGGGUCCAUGGAGUGCCGUAAGUGAUUUCAUCGUCGACUUCAGAAGCAUCGGUGAAAGACCUACGUCGCAACCUUGCACUGGCCUGAUAAUACCAUGCAGCAGAGAUUUUUGUAGUUUUGACAGCAACGAACGCUGUCCAGGUUUUGGUGUCUGCCGUGAUGUGGGAAUCGUUAUAAAAGGAAAUGAAUACAGUACUGAUGAGCUUCGAGUACGGACAGAUGCUUACACGCCAGCCUCUGUCAGUGUAGAAUCGAACGGCGGUACGCUGAAUAUUUCCUGGAGAGGCCCAGCAAAUAAGGACGGAGAUUGCUAUGCCGGGUCUGUCCUCACCAUAUCGACGCCAUGGACGGAAUACAGCGGCGCUUUCACCGAAAUCCUUAACCAGUAUCAGCACAGCCACAAUCUUACGGGCUGUGAUGUAGGGAAUGUUACGGCGUCCCUGAGGUCUUUCGAUCUGAUGGGGAACAGCGACACGGUGACCAACAGCACAGACUACUUGGGGGAAAAUGCUUACCCUGUCAUCGAUGACCUGAAAGUUACACUUGAACGGAGAAGUGCUUUUGUAACUUGGGACCUUAUAGGAAAUUGCACAAAAGUGACCUCCUAUCUACUUGCAUGGACGCCUCCGGACGCCGGUGGAGAAAUAACAGUUUUAAGCACCUUUGCCAACAUCACAGGCUUGUCCCCCUGUCAAGAAUAUUCGCUAGCAGUGCAGCCACUGAAAGAAACAGAUAACUUGGGAGCACCAAGAAAUGAAGAAAUACUCACAGGUUAUGAAGUUCCUCAAGCACCAACCAAUGUGACAGUACUGGCAAUGGAAAGAAAGUCAGACAGUCUACACGUAACUUGGACUCAGCCCUCCCCUCCCGGUCCCUUGUGCCCGAUCACCAUCAACUACAUCAGCUGGUCUAGAGCCGACACAGGUGGAUCAGCUGGCGAGGAAGAAAUCGCUGCUGGUUCAUCCUACACCAUUACCGGCCUGGAUCCCUGUACUCAGUACAGCAUCACUGUGAGAGCGGGUAACGAGGAAGGUUAUGGGGACCAAUAUGGAGAGAACAUUGGAAACACAUUUGCCAAACCUCCACAAGCACCAUCCAAUAUAAGAGUACUGAUGGUGGAAAAUGUGUCAGACCACUUGGAUGUGACCUGGACACAACCUGCACCUCCUGGACCCUUAUGCCCCAUUACUAACAACACCAUAAGGUGGACUCUAGCUGAAACAGGGGAUGCAGUUGGUCAUGAGGAAAUCAUUGCCAGUACAGCAUACUCUAUAUCUGGCCUGGAAGCCUACACUACUUACAUGGUACAUGUGGGUUCUAAAACAGAUGGAGGUUUUGGUCAAGAAGUUACUGCAAAUAAUACCACUGACCAAGACAUUCCUGGUUCUGCAAUAAUUACUUCGCUAGAUGUCAUAACGCCUUCGUCACUAUUAGUUAAAUGGCUCCCACCACCUCGGCCAAAUGGUGUUAUCACAAGAUACAAGAUUGAAUGGAGAUAUGGAAAUCAAGUUAAUUCUACAGACCUCAAUUAUAACGAAACACAUUACAAAAUAACUGAUUUAACAGCUUGUGUCUUCCAUGAAAUUACCAUUAUGGCUGAGACUAUAAAAGGUUUUGGAGACAGAAGUAACAGAAAUACAACAAUGGCAGUAGCCCCAGAAGCUCCAGAUGAUGUGGUUGCUGUUAUGGUGCCUAAUAUAUCAGAUCAGCUUAAGGUUACAUGGACACAGCCAAAACCAGAUGGAAAGUGUACCAUCAUCAGCAACAAGGUCAUGUGGAUAUGGCAGAACUAUGGAGAAAGUGAAGUAAACGAGACAAUCAUAUCAAACACUUCCAAUUAUACCAUCAGAGGCCUAAAACCAUAUACCAAUUACACUGUAUGUGUAGCAGUUAAAACAGAAGGAGGCUACGGACCUAGUCGAGAGUGCUCUAGUGCCGUCACUGAAGAAGAUGUUCCAGGUCCUCCAAUUGUAACAGACAUAGAGCCGUCAUUGGAUAGCAUUCAGCUGUUGUGGGAACAUCCCAUUGAACCACGCGGGGAAUUGUUGUUCUAUAAUUUGAGCUGGAUGAAUACAGCAGAUAUCUCUGAUAGCGGCAACGAAAAAUUACCUGCAAACCAGACAAGCUACACUAUCACUGGGCUUCAGAGCAACUCACAGUAUAACAUUUCACUCAUGGCAAAGACUUCUGCCGGUUGGGGCACGGUUAUGGCAGAAACACAUGAAACCAUGAAAACCCACAACCAUCACUCCUGAGCCCCUCUGGAUGCUCGUCUUCGUCGUCACUGCAGCACUUGCAAUAAUGGGAUUGUUGGUCUAUAGACAGAGACGGUAAGAAGUUCCCGU